UAAUCUCAAUUUUCUUUUUUCAACUACCAUACUUUAAAAAAACACUUUUUUAAUUUUAGGAUAUUUGACCUUUCUUUGUUUUGACGUGUCGCCGGAAUGAGCAGGAGAAGUGAUGUAGUGUUGAGCCCUGAGGACAGUUUCACCUCACGGGGCAUUCGAGUGACAUUGUGGGGAAUCUGUAACCUUGUGUGGGGGAUGGGCGCAUGUGCUUAUCUAACUCUGUGGUUGUUUUCGAUGGAGGAUCUUUACUGACUCGGUCUCUGUGGUUCUCAGUUGUGGAUUUACUAUUAUUGUUAUUCGUGUAAAGUCCUUGAAGGUGAAGUCAUCAGAAGUCCAAACUCGGCCUGGAUUAAGAGUCUAGUGGUUCAUUUGGUUUCAUCGUGUUCAACUGUCAGAGUUGUUUGAGCAGAAGGAAUUUGAAGUUGGUUAAACUGUGUUUUGAGGCCGGAGGAGAAAAGUGCUGUGUCACUCAGCUGUUUGGUCUCAGGAGCUGGUUCCUGGGGCCUUUGUGUGGAAGGAGCUCACUGCGUCGUCACGGUGGAUCCAGUGGACUUUGUCAGCUUUGUUCGUGUGUAACGUGUUCGAGGCCUCGUGUGUUUUCUCGUGUUCCCAGCAGCAGAGAGUGACACGUGUUCACACGGGUUCGUGUUUGUUAUAAUGUUUUUACUUAUUCCAGUAAUUCGGUUGAACACUCAAAGAUGGCGGCGGUGUUGCGGACAUUCUGGUGCGUGGGGAGAGGCUGUGGGUUCUUCGGGGAUACGCGUGACCCGGCGGAAGAACCAAUCAGCUUGCUAGAAUUCGCGCUGGAAGCCCGCGUUAGACCAGUAUCGUCCAAUCACCGUCGUCGCUUUGCACACGUUGACGUAAUGUAGUGCGAGGAGGAGGAGGGCGACUUCCAUUUUGUACAGGAUCCAACGCUGAGCCAAUCACAGGCCGUGUUUCUGUCGAGCCGGAUGCGAGCAGCCAAUGGAACAGCGCCGUCCUCUUGACUGACAGGUGAAACUUGCGAAUAGGUUGGCCCGAAAGACUGUCAGUGUAACUCCAGCGUCUAGGGGCGUGGCGACUUUGAUGGUCACCGGGAGCAGCUAAUGGGAAGGCGGUGGGCGUGAACAUGUCGGGGCAGUCUGUCCAAUGAGGUGAAAGAUGAGUCUAUAAAAUAACGGGUGUAGUCGCAGCGUCGCCAUUUCACCGAAGCAAACCGGGAGGAGUUCGCUGUGGCGGGGAGCCGAGAGAGCCGACGAGCAGAGACGGGUCCUGGUUUCAGUCUAAACAAUCCGGAGCCAUCCGGACGGAUAUGGCCGUUAACCCGCUGCUUGACAGCUCCCACAUCGGGCUUGAUGUUGGCAUAAUGGGAAUCACACAGAUGGACCAAGGUUCUGGCACAGCAGGAAAACGCAUCCGAAAACCUUCACUGCUCUACGAGGGCUUUGAGAGCCCAGGGAUGCCCCCUAUCAGUCAGAUGAUGCCAUCGGGACCCCCCCAACCUCUGGUGAAAGACCCCAACCGGGAGGGAAAGAUGACAAACCAACUUCAGUUCCUGCAAAAAGUCCUGCUCAAGUCUUUGUGGAGGCACCACUUUGCCUGGCCCUUCCACGAACCUGUAGACGCAGUCAAGCUCAGCCUGCCUGACUAUCACAAGAUCAUCAAAACUCCCAUGGACAUGGGCAGCAUUAAAAGGAGAUUAGAAAAUAAUUACUACCGCAGUGCCAGUGAGUGCAUGCAGGACUUCAACACCAUGUUUACCAACUGCUACAUUUAUAACAAGCCUACAGAUGACAUUGUGUUGAUGGCCCAGUCCCUGGAGAAGGCAUUCCUACAAAAAGUUGCUCAGAUGCCCCAGGAGGAGUUGGAGCUUCCAUCACCGCCUCUACGGAGUAAACCAGUCAAACCUGGCAAAAAAGGCAGAGGUAAUCCAGUCUCUGGAGGAGUGACAACAGCUCAUCAGGUCCCAGCUGUUUCCCAGUCAGCGUACUCACCUCCCACCCCAGAUACACCCGACUCCAUUCUCUCCACCCCCCCACAAACACUUGUGAGCAAGAGCAUGCCCUCUGUGCUUCCAAAUGAACAAAGUAUCCCCACCAUUACAAGUCUGCCGCCCACACAGCCCACUGCUAAGAAAAGGGGUGUGAAGAGGAAAGCAGACACAACCACCCCCACCACUGUAGCCAUGCCAAUCAUGAGCACAAUGGGUGUCAGUGGCAUCAGCCUGGGGAUGGGCGAUGGUCACAAUUUACCACUCACCCUGACUUCUCUUGAGGUGGACCAUAGCUCUAGCCUGGGGAUGAACCAAGGCCUCGGCAUCAGCGCGGGGAUGGGAAUGGGAAUGGGGAUGGGGAUGAGUAUGGCCAUGGGUAUGGGCCGUGGCACAGUGAUGAUGAGCUCCAAAGCGUCAGCGAACAGCAGGAGAGGAGUAAGCGGCCGACCCAUCAAGCCUCCCAAGAAGGAUUUACCAGAUUCCAUACUGCCGCCCCAGGUGCGCCGCAGCAAGCUGAGCCCUCAGCUACGCUACUGCAGCGGGGUUCUGAAGGAGCUGCUGUCAAAGAAGCAUGCAGCGUACGCAUGGCCGUUCUACAAGCCUGUCGAUGCCUCAUCACUCGGCCUCCACGACUACCACGAUAUCAUCAAACAGCCCAUGGACCUCAGCACCAUCAAGCAAAAGAUGGACGGCCGAGAUUAUCGUGAUGCCCAGCAGUUCUCUGCAGACGUUAGACUGAUGUUCUCUAACUGCUACAAGUACAACCCCCCUGAUCAUGAUGUGGUGGCCAUGGCCAGAAAACUCCAGGAUGUCUUUGAGUUCUGCUUUGCAAAGAUGCCAGAUGAGCCUCCAGCACCACCCAGCUCCUCAUCUUCCUCCUCCUCCUCAUCUUCCUCAUCUGAGAGUGAGCUCAGCAGUGAAAGUGAGGAGAGCGAGAGCAGCCCCAGCUCUGACUCUGAGGAGGAGAGGGCAAACCGGCUGGCAGAACUGCAAGAGCAGCUGAAAGCCGUGCAUGAGCAGCUGACUGCACUCUCCCAGGGCCCCAUCGUCAAACCUAAGAAAAAGAAAGAGAAGAAAGACAAGAAGAAAAAGAAGAAGACGGUAGAAAAGGAGAAGCAUCGGAGGAUAGAGGAGGAAGAGCUGCCGCCGGUCAAGCCUCCGAAAGCACCCAAAAUUACCAAGACCCCAAAAACUAAGAGUAAAAGCGCCGUGGCCUGUCCUGUAAUACCGAUCAAGAAGGCCCCGAGCAAGAAAAACAACAAGAGCAAGGCCAAAAAGAGCAGCAUGAUGUUCAACUUGCCUCAGCCCGUCCAUGAUCCCAUAGCGAGUCACUUUGACUCUGACGAAGAGGAGGAGACGGCGCCCAUGUCUUAUGAUGAGAAGCGUCAGCUCAGCCUGGACAUCAACAAGCUGCCUGGCGAGAAGCUGGGCCGCGUGGUUUACAUCAUCCAGUCCCGCGAGCCCUCACUCAGAGACACCAACCCUGAGGAGAUUGAGAUCGACUUUGAGACGCUGAAGCCAUCGACGCUGCGAGAGCUGGAGAGAUACGUCAUGACGUGUCUGAGGAAGAAACCUCGAAAGCCAUAUGCAAGUAAACAAAACAUCGCUGGCAAGUCCCGGGAAGAGCUCGCUCUGGAGAAGCAGCAGGAGCUGGAGAGAAGGCUGAUGGACGUCAGCGGUCAGCUCAACUCUGGAAAGAAGCCUCCUAAGACCAAACCAGAGAAACCUGCGACAGAUACCAACACCCAGCCGUCACGUCUCAGCGCCAGCAGCUCCUCCUCAGACUCCUCUUCAUCAUCCUCUUCCUCCUCAUCUUCAGACACAAGUGAAUCCGACUCCGGCUGAGAAGCAGUGUGUUUUCCACAUCCUAGGGUUCACGUGAAGGACCCUUGUUGUCUUGCUUACCACCCAGUGGACUGAGCUGUAGAAGAGCCCCCGAGGAUGGAGCCGCCGGGCGGUUCGGACGAGACCGGAACAGAACUGGUCCGACUCCUCAGCGAGUGUCAAACCUAGAAGGAGAGGGGCGGGCUCUCCCAGCGCUCAGCUCAUUCAUCCAGUCCUGGACACCAAACCUUGAGGGUGGAUGAAUGGACGAACCGUAGGAGACUCUUAGUAACGUCCUGCCGCUCCCUGGAGAACCAGCCUCGUUGUGCAGAGUGAGAAAUCUCCAGCAAAUAAUGGAGAAGAGCGGCGUGUGUGUUGGAGGGAUAAAGGUGCUAGAGCCAGAAUCUGUCUUACUUCUGGAGAUAAUUUCCCUUCUUACCGUGCUCCCUGUCCUAAUGCUGUAUAGAUGAGAUGUACAGUUCUAUAAAUAUCUAUUUUUCUUUUAUAAAGAAGCAUUUUAAUGAGCUAAUUUAUUCCCUCAUUCUGGGAAAGAUGUACUGGCGUGGGGGCGGGGCUGUGGUUUGUUUAGU